AUGCCAUUCGAUCAAAAACCAGAAGGUUACCGGUGGGACAUCAUCACCGAGGAGGAACUCAAGUACGCUCCGUCCUACUUUCAAGAUGUUCCGGAAACUACAACGGAGGUCGAGUGUAAGCUUAGUGGCACGUGGCCUAAGUGGCUCCAUGGUUCUUUCUUGAGGGUCGGCGUUGGGCGUUUCACCGUCCCAACUUCAGAAGACGAUUCAACGCCCAGAGUGAUCAUCCAGCAUCUCUUUGACGGACUAGGCUUGCUGCACAAGUUCCGAAUGAUUGACGGUCGUGUCUACUACAUGAGCCGUUACACCCACGGCGGAAUCGUGCGACGAGCAAUGAAAGAUGGUUACGUUACAAACUCCUGGAUGGGCCCCAACCCCAACACCCCUCUCUUCGAAGCUCAGGAUCCGUGUUCGAAGUUGCUUGGAGCUCGUCAAACCGUCUAUCUCCCUGACGAUUUCUCGGCGCCGGACGACUUCAACAUUCAUGUGCAGCCACGCCGCGGUAUGCACCUUCCGACAGAUAAGAACCCCAACUCUAGAGGCAUCCAGGCGGAAGACCCCGCCACUCAGGAGAUCCUGGUCCACACCGACUGGAAUGCUAUGCAAAUCUGUGACGCAAAGACUCUCGAGCCGAAGCGGUUGCUCACCCAUGCGACUAUCGACCCUGAGCUUGCUGGAGCUGGUUGUUGCGCUCAUCCUGUCCAUGAUCGCAAGCGAGGCCAAACUUACAACUACCUAAUCGAUGCAGCUGGUAUCAUGUAUGUUUUCGCACUCGACGUUGCAUCCAAUCCGGCACGUCUCCUGUGGAAAUCUGCACUUCCGUGUAAACCAUGCUACACGCAUGCUCUCGCCAUGACUGACAAGUACGUCGUGUUUGUCAGAAACCCUGUUACCAUGGAUACUAGUGAUCCUACUAAGACCAUCAUCGAAGCGAUGAAGUGCGAGCACGACUCUCCCGUAUAUUUUUUCGUUUUAAACAAGGCCGAUGGCAAACUUGUCGCAUCCUACGAAGUACCAAACUUCUACUUCUUCCACACAGCCAACGCAUACGACUACAUCGACCCCAAAACCGGGCACACCAACGUCCACGUCGACAUCGCUAGCUACAAAGCGGAACACUACCCCUAUAACGAAUACGCCAUCUCCAACGUCAUCAACCCCCUGAAGCCCUACCAAGUCGGCCGCCUCGUCCGCUACGAACUCGCAGCCGUUAACACCAAGGACCCCGCCGUCGUCGCCCGCGGCACAGUCAAAGCUGCCAUCCCCGGUAUGAUGGCCGAACUACCCCGUGUCUCCAAGCCCGCCUCCAUGGACCCCAACUACCGCUACGUCUACGGCGUAUCCGGCAACGGCGUCGCAGCACCCGGCACCGAAGUCCCCAUUGGGCGUCUCGGAAACGGGGUAGGAAUUACUCACGCGUCUUUCUAUGGCCACCUCUUCAAGUCGGACUGGAAGACCGGUAUGUUCAAGGCUUGGAUUCCGCAGAAUGGUGAGAGUUGUCCUACGGAGCCUAUUUUCAUUCAACGCCCUGGAGCGACGGACGAGGAUGAUGGUAUUGUGAUUACGAUUACAAUCAACAAGGAGGGGACGAAUAGUAUCCUUGUUGGGCUUGAUGGAAAGACUUUUGAGGAGGUGGCUAGAGCGGAUAUGCCGCAAGUUUAUUCGCUGGGGCCUCAUGGGUCGUUUGUUGAGGGUGACUUUGGUCUUGUUAGUACUAUGGGUCGUUAG